AGACAAAGAGCUGCCUCGCACACUCACUCUGAGUGUCCGAUGGACACGAACUGGAUUAAAUGGAUGGAUUUUUUAUUUAAUUCUCUCGAAACGAGCUCGAUAACGCUGGAACGAGCGAGCUUUGGGUUUAGGAAGGAAACAUAAUGUAAAUGCGUCUGAGGCGCGUCCGGAGGAAUUGAUAACCAUCAGCUUUGCUUUAACACACAGGCUCCGAGCAACGUAAUCUAGUUAAGUUGCAUAUGUUCUGCUGCUGAGCAGACAGAGGUGGAGAAAAACCUUCCAGGUGUUGAGAAAGCAUCUAGAUUAGUUUUUGUACCCAUCAGCUGUUGCGCAAAUCGCUGGACGGAAGGAUUCGCUCAGCUGUGUUCAUCUGUGAUGAGACUGACGAAAAUCAUCCACAACUUUGAGCUCGGGUUUGUGAAACUCAAAUGAACUGAUGAGUGAGGACAGACCGUGUGUUUCAGCACCCGAGCUGAUGGACAGCGCCUGUGGAGAGUUUCCUGCAUCUCUGCUUUCAGCCCCAACGAGGAGACAUAUAUCGUUACACCGUUUCAGAAAACAAACGAACGAUUGUUUUCCUUUAAACUACGCUUUAUUCUGAAAUGAAAGAACGCAGGUAAUGAGAACAGAGGAAAAAUCCCCGUAUGGUGAAAUAUAGGAUAAAAUGUCUGCUCUUCGUAAGAAAUUUGGAAGCGACUAUCAGGUGGUGACCACCACAUCUUCCAGCCAUCAGAAAGACAAGAGGAGGAAACGACAGCGAUUUGUCGACAAGAAUGGACGAUGUAACGUCCAGCAUGGAAACCUGGGGGGGGAGACCAGCAGAUAUCUCUCAGACUUAUUCACAACUUUAGUAGACCUCAAAUGGCGAUGGAAUCUCUUCAUCUUCAUCCUCACAUACACAGUAGCCUGGUUAUUCAUGGCUUUGGUGUGGUGGGUCAUCGCAUACAUCAGAGGCGACCUGUACCGAACCCACGAUGAGAAUUACACACCAUGCGUGGCCAAUGUCUAUAACUUUCCCUCUGCUUUCCUGUUCUUCAUUGAGACAGAGGCCACUAUAGGAUAUGGCCACAGAUACAUCACUGAUAAAUGUCCAGAAGGAAUCAUUCUCUUCUUGUUUCAGUCCAUCUUGGGCUCCAUAGUGGAUGCCUUUUUAAUAGGCUGUAUGUUUAUCAAGAUGUCUCAACCCAAGAAGAGGGCAGAGACUCUGAUGUUUAGUGAAAACGCAGCCAUCUCCAUGCGCGAUGGCAAACUCACGCUGAUGUUCAGGGUGGGAAAUCUGCGCAACAGCCACAUGGUUUCAGCCCAGAUCCGGUGUAAAUUGCUCAAGUCCCGACAGACACCCGAGGGCGAGUUCCUCCCCCUGGAUCAGCUGGAGCUGGAUGUGGGCUUUAGCACUGGAGCGGAUCAACUCUUUCUUGUGUCACCACUCACAAUCUGUCAUGUGAUUGACACCAAGAGCCCCUUCUAUGAGCUCUCACAGGGAUCCAUGCAGACUGAACAGUUCGAAAUAGUUGUGAUUUUGGAGGGCAUUGUUGAAACGACUGGCAUGACUUGUCAAGCACGGACGUCGUACACAGAGGAUGAGGUGCUGUGGGGCCACAGAUUUUUCCCAGUCAUCUCUCUGGAGGAGGGCUUCUUUAAAGUGGAUUAUUCUCAGUUCCACGCCACAUUUGAGGUUCCCACACCUCCCUACAGUGUGAAAGAGCAGGAUGAGGCAUUACUCAUGUCCUCUCCGCUCAUGGCCCCGUCUCUGUGCAAUAGCAGAGAAAAGAACAACUCCCUGGACUGCCUGGAACUGCUGGAGGAUCAGGAGAGCACGACUAAAUUACCAGCCAAGGUGCAGAAGAUGACAGGUAGAGACGGGCUGCCCAGGAAGCUCCUGAGAAUGAGCUCCACCACAUCAGAAAUGACAUACAGCCUUGGCGAACUGCCCAUGAAGCUCCAACGCAUCAGUUCUGUGCCUGGGGUCUCAGAGGAAAAGCAGGUUACCAAGACAACUAAGAUUGCUACAGAGUCCAUCAGCAAAUCAGUUGCGGACUUGCCACCAAAACUGCAAAGAAUGGCUGGGGGAGGAGGCCGCAUGGACGGACACCUCCCUCCCAAACUCAGAAAGAUGAACUCUGAUCGUUUCACAUAGAAGAACUUUAUUCUUCAGCUGCUGUCAAAAGGGCCCUCGUUUCAUUUGAGAUGUUAAUAAGCAUGUAUAUACAGUAUAGACAGAUAAACCAUAUAUGCUGUACUAAUGAAGUAGGUUAACAUAAUUCUAAAUGUCUGUCCCUGUGGUGGCUUCACAUACAGUGAACAGACUCAUUCAGGUUGUUGUUACUACAAGCACAAUCUGGUAUGGAUGACACCCACAAGUGCAUGUAAAAAUAUCUCCCUCCCUCUGAUGGCAUGACAAGCUGUACAUAUUUAUGUGCCAAGGAAAUGUUAGCAAAUAUUCAUUUUUUCCAAGCCAUAUGGCGAUAUAGCAGACAGUUCCUCCAAUGUGGCUAAUUAGGAGUUAUUUAAGUCACACAGUUGCAUUGUUUAAUAUCAGUUUACUGUGCUUAUGUUACAAUGCAUGUUUAACUUAACAAAGGUGAUAAAUAGAUGUUCAGAUGUACGUACACUAAUUCAUUGUUUCAGUUUUCAUACAUGCUUUAUUUGGAUUUUUCCUGUGCAUGAUUGUUAACUGAUAUACCAGUAAUGCCAAUAAUCUUCUUGCAGCAUAAAUACAUACUUAGUUGAUUAAUUAUUUAGAAUAGCAACCCUAUUGAACACAGAACA